AUGAGACGCUUGCUUAAGUUGUUUCGCGCCGCGACGGAUGGGCACGCCAACCUGCCCAAAAUCCGCAUUGGCGUCUGCGCUAUGGACAAAAAGGCGCGCAGCAAGCCGAUGAAGGAGAUUCUUGAGCGUCUCACAGCAUGGGGCGAGUUCGAGGUUGUUAUCUUUGGGGAUGAUGCUAUCCUGGAAAAGCCCAUCGAGGAUUGGCCGCACGUGGAGUGCUUGCUGUGCUGGCAUUCAGACGGCUUUCCCCUCAAGAAAGCACAGGAGUACAUUAAAUACAGGAGGCCUUUCCUGGUGAACGACGUGUUCAUGCAGGACUUUCUGCUGGAUCGGCGUAAGGUGUACAAGUUGUUGGUGGAGCGGAGCAUCCCGGUGCCUACACAUAUCAUUGUGGAGCGAGACCACUUGCCAGAGGGUACGACCGACCCUCCUGGCUUUGUUGAGGAUGAGGACUAUGUGGAGCUGAACGGGCAACGCAUCGUUAAGCCCUUCGUGGAGAAGCCCGUCAGUGGGGAGGACCACAACAUCUGGGUCUACUACCCGCACUCGAUGGGUGGCGGUGUAAAGUACCUCUUCCGCAAAGUCGACGACAAGGCCUCCAAGUACGACAGCUCCCAUGACGGCAAAGUACGGCGGGACGGGUCGUACAUUUACGAGGAGUUUCUUCCCACUGGCGGUACCGACGUCAAGGUGUACACCGUAGGGCCCAGGUACGCCCACGCUGAGGCCCGCAAGUCCCCCGUGGUGGACGGGAAGGUCCUCCGCAACGCCGACGGCAAGGAGAUGCGCUUCCCUGUGCUGCUGAGCCCCCAAGAGAAGGAAAUCGCGCGCAUGGUGUGCCUAGCGUUCGGCCAGAAGGUCUGCGGCUUCGACCUGCUGCGCUCCGAAAAAGGCCGCAGCUACGUGUGCGACGUGAACGGCUGGUCCUUUGUCAAGAACUCCAAAAAGUACUACGACGAUGCGGCGGAUAUCCUGCGGUCCAUUAUUUUGUCGGCUCUGGCGCCUCACCGUCUCAAUGUGCAGCCCAACCUGCCUACGUACACGGGAGCUCUGACGAACCCGGACACGGGAAGCAAUUUGGCGGUGAGUGGGAAAGGGGCUGGGUGGGAGGGGGGAUGGGGGUGGGGUGACUGGGAGCUUCGCUGCGUGUUGGCGGUGAUUAGACACGGAGACCGGACUCCCAAGCAGAAGCUCAAGGUGGUGGUGACGCAGGAGCCCCUCCUGAACCUGUUCCACAAGUACAAGGACGCCAAGGGCAAACAGGCCAAACUUAAGUCCCCCCUGCAGAUGCAGGAGCUCCUUGACAUCACCCGACAGCUGGUCAAGGUGGGGAGAGGUGGAAAUGACGAGCGGGAGGCGGCUCAGGAGGUCCGCGGCAAGCUGCGCAUCAUGCAGACGGUGCUGGAGAGCGGGGGCCAGUUCUCCGGUAUCAACCGCAAGGUCCAGAUCAAGCCGCUGCGAUGGGGCAUUGCCGCGGACGGGCUCGUAGGGGUUGCUGUGCUGGAGGAGGCGCUGCUCAUCCUGAAGUGGGGCGGAGUGCUGACGCACGCGGGGAGGCAGCAGGCGGAGGACCUGGGCAAGAUCUACCGCAUGGUCAUGUACCCCAGUGGGGGCAACGGACUUCUUCGGCUGCAUUCGACGUACCGCCACGACCUCAAGAUCUACUCCUCAGAUGAGGGACGAGUGCAGACCUCUGCUGCCGCCUUCACCAAGGCCAUGCUGGACCUCGAGGGCAACAGCCUCACCCCCAUCCUGGUGUCCUUGGUGAACAAGGACGCCUCCAUGCUGGAGGCGUUCGGAAAGGGGGCCUCGGAUGACAUAGCGGACGCCAAAGAGGCCUUGUAUCAGGUUGGGUCGGCCACCAGCGCGUCGUCCAUCAUUGCCCGCCUGCCGGACACGCCGUUGGGUCUGUUGCGGCGGUUGGUGGAGUUGUUGCGGCGGUUGAUAGAUCGGUUGCGGCAGUUGGUACGGGAGGAGGGCGCAACAGCACGUGGUGGCGGGCCGCCCAAGUAUAGCUCCCUCAGCAUGGACCCCAAGGAACGAGUGCAUGACGACAACCAGCCCUGUGGCGGAGAGAAGAUGUUGCUGAUGUUUGACAGGUGGCACAAGUUACUCAAGUCGUUUUACAACGAGAAGAAGGACCGGUUCGAUAUCUCCAAGGUGCCGGAUAUUUACGACUCGGCCAAGUACGAUGCCAUCCAUAACGCGCACCUCGGCCUGGACGCUCUGGAGGAGCUGUACAUUGUGGCCAAGCUGCUUGCUGACGUGGUUAUCCCAUGCGAGUACGGCCUGGAUCCAGGCGGCAAGCUGCGCAUUGGAUCCAAGAUUGCCAACGAGCUGCUGGGGAAGCUGUUGGUGGAUCUUGCCUCCAUGCGCGAGGAGUCCAUUGUGACGGCCUGCAUGGAGCCCCACGGGGCCCGGGCCAUGGUGAAGCACGGCAGCGGAGGCAGCAACGGACCCACGGGUCGCGAGGGCGACCUGGAGGGCGGUCCCGCCGGCGAGAUGGAGCCCGAGACGGAGACAAUUCAUCGGCUGUGCCCCACCUACGCCUCUGACAUCAACUCUCCGCUGCGUCACGUGCGCACCCGUAUAUACUUCACCUCGGAAUCGCACAUGCACUCGCUCGUGAAUGUGUUGCGGUGGUGUCAUUUGGGGGCUGACGCGGCGGGCUGCUGCGCCAUGCCGCCAAUUACGCCGCCUGAGGGUGCGUGCGCGCAGCUGGACGAGAUGACAGAGCUAGACUACUUGACGCAGGUUGUCUUUCGCAUGUACGAGAACAAGACUGUGCCGGUGGAGUCUCAAGAACGAUUCCGCGUGGAAGUGCUCUUCUCGCCGGGCGCCAACUACAACCCCUUUGACUUCGCAUCUACCUCGCUCCACAACAACCACGUGUUGCCCAUCGUGCCGCGCACCGCCCUCCACAAGAACGACGGCAUCACGCUGGCAGAGAUGGAGGAAAAGUUGAUGCCCUUCUCCUCGGUGAGUUUAGGAUUUCAGCAGCAGCAGCAGUAA